AUGUCCCCUGGGCAAUAUUACUAUGGAAAGUACGAACAUAAAGACAGGCCGAUAAAGUUCCUGUUUUGCUUAAAGAGGGAAGUUAGUUCACACAAUGAGAGCACUGCAGUGUUUUCUGCUCUCAGAAGCAUUUGCAUCAAGGCCAGGAGAUUAAACGUGUGGGUUGGGAACUGGAGAGAGAGUGUUGUCUCGCUUGGGGCCCCCGAUGCCAGAGUUCUAGCUUUCAUCGCACAGGGUGAAAGAUAACUCCUGGACGUUUCACUCUGUGUGGCUACAGGCUCCAUGUUCACUACAUUUGUGCUGGUGUUGGGCUGCCUGCUGCAGAGGAACCUAGUGACCACAGAGGGGCAUCGUGGGACCAACUGCCAUAUCUUCUAUGCAGUGAAAAUGGAUGGAGGCACCAGAGCUGCCAAAGCUCUGGCCGAGCAGCAUGGAUUGGAGUUCAUACAACGGGUUGGGAGCCUGAAGGGCCUGUACACCCUGAGGGACACCAGGGGGCGCCCUGACAGAGCCACCUUUGAAGACAGACUUGCAACCGCAGCAAGGGUUCACUGGGUGCAGAGGCAGCACUGUCAUUACAGAGACAAACGGGUUCCUGUGACAAGACUGGACCAUCACACUACUAAAGGUCCCCACAGGAAAGAAUCUGCAACUGACAGGCAGCCUGAGGAGAAUACGAGUGACCAAUCCCUCACCUUCAAUGACCCACUCUGGCCCAUGCAGUGGGAACUGUUUGCACAGGGUGAGUACAACAGUGGGUUGGACCUGAAUGUGAUGCCAGUUUGGAGGAACAACGUUACUGGUAAUGGAGUAGUGGUCAGCAUCAUCGAUGAUGGUUUAGAUCAUACAAACAAGGACCUGAAGAAAAACUUUGAAGCCCUUGCCAGUUUUGACCUGUGUGCAUCACACAGUCUGUCUCAUGAUCCCAUGCCUGUCAGAAAUGAGGAGAAUAGUCACGGUACCCAUUGUGCAGGGGAAGUUGCCAUGGAGGCCAACAACUCCUACUGUGGUGUGGGCAUCGCCUUCAAUGCCAGGAUUGGAGGUAUCCGCAUGUUGGAUGGCACUGUGACGGAUGCCAUGGAGGCCACAGCUCUGACCUUCAACAUCCACUUCAUCGACAUCUACGUCUGCAGUUGGGGCCCGAGGGACGACGGGGCCGAGAUGGACGGCCCGCACAGCCUGACAGAGCAAGCCCUCCGGCUAGGAACUCGCAAGGGCCGAGGUGGGAAGGGCAACAUCUAUGUGUGGGCGGCAGGUAAUGGUGGAAUGCAGCAUGACCACUGCGGUGCAGAUGGAUAUGUUAACUCCAUCUACAACAUUGCCAUCGGGGCUGUCACUCAAACUGGGAAGCCCGCCUUCUUUGGAGAGCCCUGCCCCGGAGUGAUGGCCGUCACUCCGACAGGGGCAAGCGUGGGAAGCUCAUUACCUUUGGUGACUGUGACCAGCAUUGGUGAUGGAUGUAUCACACACUUUCCAGGAACAUCCAGUGCUGCUCCGAUCGCUGCAGCGGUUCUGGCUCUAGCCUUAGAAGUAAAUCCUGAGCUGACGUGGAGGGAUGUUCAGCAUCUGAUCGCCAAGACAGCAAAGAUCCCUGACCCUAAAGAGCCUGGCUGGAACAUCAAUGCAGCGGGAUACCAUGUUCACCAUAGGUAUGGCUUUGGACUGUUGGAUGCAGGGCUGAUGGUGCAGCAGGCCGCUCACUUCCAUAGUGUUCCUUCACAGAAGAAGUGCACACAGCACAUCACGCUUGAUCCUGCCAGAAUCUUUUAUCCAGGACAAGGAGUCCAUGUGAACAUCCAAUCAGAAGCCUGCCAAGGAAGGGCUAAUGAGAUCAACACUCUGGAGCACGUCCAGGUGAGAGUGAGUAUCGACUCAGUGUGUCGUGGUGACCUCUCCAUAAGCCUGGAGUCUCCCAGUGGCACAGUGUCGCUGCUGUUGGAUACGAGGCCUUACGAUUCCUCCACUGAUGGACUGAAGAACUGGACCCUAAUGACUGUGCACUGUUGGGGGGAGCAGCCACAAGGCCGAUGGAGCCUCCAGGUGACUGACCACAAAGGCACAGUGAGGAGCUGCAUGAGGCCGAGUGAAGAGGAGGCAGCCGGAGCUUUGCGCAGCGUUACACUCAUCCUCUAUGGCACCUACCACCCACACAAGACCACGCAUGAGGGACCCCUACAGAACGUUGUGUCUAUGGGGUCGGAUCACCCCAUCCCUCAUGGGUGGUUGUACCAGAGGGACCAGUACCCUCCUGUGGACCUGCUGCAGUGGCUCUACCAAUUGGAGAGGGACAGGAAGGUGCGAGCUGCUGAUAUCACCAUCCAACUAAGAAGCAAGAUGUGGAAAACUCGUGAACACAGAACGGUGAAGUCAACAUCUAGCUUGACAUCUAGUAUGGCUUUCAAGUUGCACCACACAGAUGCGGUACAACGAUCCUCCCAGAAAACAAGACCUAAUGUUGAGAGGGAACCUCUUGAAACCAAGACCUUCAGGACCAAUGCAGAUGGGGAGAGCAGGUCCUUACCUUCACAGGAAGUCCAGGAUAUCGGCAUCAUGCAGGUGCCACAGUCGGACUUUUUAGAUCCAGCGGAUGAAGGAUCUGCAAGCAGAAAGGCAGGGGAGGGGGCGGGGCAGAGGGAAGGGAAUUAAAGACACAAACAUGAACCAUAGUUACAUAAAGACUGUAAUUUUCCACAGUGCAGAAAGCCAAUUAAUCAUGAAUCAAUUCCGCAUACUGUAUUUUGCCUUUGUGGCCUCUGUGUCAGCAAAGACCAUUUAUUGUGGAUUUGUAGGUUGCCUUUAAAACUCAGUCACUUUUCUCACCUACACAAACGCAUAAAUCCAAACAGUUUCAGUAGCGGGUCUCAGCGCUCAUCGCCCCCCCUCGUUUGCCUUCGGAAGUUGCAAAGGUUAGUGAAAGAUAUGUUUGUCUUUUUCCACUUCAAUGAAGGGUGAAUUCAGCUCCGUGCAGUAAGAAAUGGAUUACCCGUUCAUUAAAGGGGCUGCGUCACUCCUCAUUGAGUUGGACAAAUAACAAAUUAAUUCCUAGCCGCCUAAUUUCUCUCUGUUCUCCACUGAAUUUCCAAUAACGUCGAAUUACUGAUCACAGCCAUGUGAGCUCUCUCAGCUUUCUAUCAAUUCAUUAAAAAUUUGCCACAGUGGAGAUGCCGCUGAGGAGAGUCUCUCCCUUUUUUCUGCAUGCUUCCUUUAACACCACAAACUGUACACAAACAGAAAGCAAGUGAAGUAUUAACAUCCGGAGAUUAAAAACACCAGGAAGCGUUACGGAGAAAGUGACUUUUUC